AUGCUCCCUUCCCCUUCCCUGUGCCUGGAUGACCAAAUCCAUGAUGAGGACUCUGCAAUGGAGGAGGUGGAGGAGAAUCCCAACAACAACAAACACAAGGAUGACCAGCCUUCCAGUAACAAGAAUGAGGAUGAUCAGCUCUCCAGUAGCAAGAAUGAGGAUGACCUGCCAUCUGGUAGUGAGAAAGAGGAUGACUGGCUGCCCAGUAGCAAUGAUGACAACAAGGGUUCCAAUUACAAUGAGAAUGAGAAUGAUGACAAGGAGACAGAGACCUUGAGUGACUCCCAUGAUGAUGAUGAUGCACACACUUGCAAUGCUCAGACCAUUUCUUGUGCCCAGUCCCCACUUCUCCCAUCCUUGCCACCCACAUACAAGUCUGAUGACUCCACCCAUCCUGUAGGGGACAUUGUCCAUCCUCACCAAGAAGGUGGCCCAAUCUAUACUAGACUUCAGAUGAAGGGAAAAGGUAGGGCUAUAGAUGCCAAGGACAUUGAUGCUGCAAACCACAGUGACUGUGACACACAACUCCUGAACCUCAAGCAGCCAGGGAAUCUGUCCACAGCAGCAUUAGACAAAAUAUGUGCAUUUGCAAAGGACAUCAAGAUGAUGGCAGAAGAACUUGGCCAACAGCAUGGGCAGUCUACAUGCGACAUACUCGCCACUGCAGCAUUUAGUGUUAAGGCUUCUCAUACCAAAAUUAAUGAGGCCAACUUCUUCCACUUGUGGUAUUGGGCCAUGCAGCCCAAACCAGAUGGUGGCAUCCCCAAGGAUGACUUUGCAGCAAGGAGGGAAAAGUUAAAAGCUGUCUAUGAGUGGAGUGAGAGCUCCUCUGCCAUACUGACUAACCAAUCUGUCAAAUCUAUUGCAGCCAGAGUGGACAGUGCAAAGACACAAUUUUCUGGAUUGGCAGAGGCAUGGUCCAAUCUUGAGGAUAUUGAGAUAGUUGGAGUGGUAAUGUAUGUUGGACAGGAUCCUGCAGGACAUCAAACUUCUAGCAUAUUUGGAGGCUCUGAGACAAUAAGAAACUUCAUCAAAGAAAAUGGCAUUGAUGUCCAGUCACUCAUGGAUAAGUAUACCAUGAUUUUCAAGUGUCUCAGGAAUGGUGACAGUGCAGAUGCUAGGGUGGCUGGCACCAGUUCCAUUGGAGAUGUGGGUUCUGUGCUGGAACUAUGUUGCUGUACAAAGGAGACUCCAAGAGACUGCAACUGCAGAGUAUUCAGAAGCAUGAUGAAGGAGAAGAUGUUGGCUGCAUUGAGAGAUCUGCGCAUCACAUGUGGCAUUGAAGUCAGUGAUCCCCAGAAAGUUUCCUGGCAAUGGCUUCUCAGGUUUUUGUGGAAGAGCCACCUCACUAUUGUCAACUGGCCCCAUGAUGUAUCUCCACCAUGCCCUGGUUUUGAGUACAAGAAACCUAAGGCUGGCCCUCUUUGUCAACAUGUAGUAACUAACCUUCAGAGAAAACUGGGUCUUUUGUAUGACAUGCAAACCAAUGAUGAGGAAGAACAAGAUAGUCUGGAUGAUGUGCUGGAAAUUGAGAUUAAGUGCUGGAAUGAAGAGGUCAUCAAUCUUUUGGACACUGACCCUUUGAAGGGCAAUAUUGCACUUGUCAAAGCUACCAAUGGUACUGGUUUUUGGCAGAUCUCAGAUGAUCCAGAGUGGCAGAAGCCCCUCAAGGAAACAGAUCACCAGCAGCAAGGCACAGAGGUCCUUUGA